CGGCGGGUUGUUGUGGAUGUGACGCGAGCUGAAACCACGUGACUCUGAACCAGCGGGGACAUGAACCAGAACCACAAGGACCUGGACCACAAGGACCUGGACCAGCUGGAGCUCCACCCGAGGAUCAUAGCGGCCCUGAAGAGAGCUCAGCUGAAGUCUGUCAGGGAGGUGUUGUGUGUUUCCGGUCCGGACCUGCAGAGACUCACCUGUCUGUCCGGCUCAGACGUCCAGCAGCUGCUCUCCGCCGCCGCCACCACCUGCAGACGACACCCUCCAAUCCCAGCCCUCCUGCUCCACCGCAGGUCAGACAGCGGCCUCAGACUCAGCGUCGGAUGUCCUGUGCUGGACGAGCUGCUGAGGGGGGGGCUCCCUGUGGGGGGCGUCACCGAGCUGUCAGGGGAGAGCGGUGCUGGGAAGACGCAGCUGGGUCUGCAGCUCUGUCUGUCUGUCCAGUACCCAACGCAGUACCGAGGGCUGAACUCAGGAGCGGUGUACAUCUGCACUGAGGACUCGUUUCCCAUCAGACGUCUGCAGCAGCUGAUCAGAAACCAGUCCUGUCUGCGCUCUGACGUCCCACCGUCACUGAUCAGCAGCCUCCAGUUCAGUGACCACGUCUACAUCGAACACGCUGCUGACCUGGACUCCCUGCAGGUGUGUCUGUCCCGCCGCGUCCCCCUGCUGCUAGCUCGCGGUCUGGUUCGGCUCCUGGUGGUGGACUCGGUGGCCGCUCUGUUCAGGUCUGAGUUCCAGGCUGCUGAUUGGCUGGAGAGGACUAAACAGCUCCUCACUUUCUCCUCCACACUGCAUCACCUGAGCCUGGAGUUCACCACACCUGUCCUCUGUAUCAAUCAGGUGACGGAUGUUUUCAGCAGCUCCGGGGAAAGUUUAGGCCCGCUGUCCUCCAACGUGUCACCAGCUCUGGGGUUGGCCUGGGCCAAUCAGGUGAUGGUUCGACUAAUGAUGCGGCGCCUCCAGGGAACAGUUGCCCGUGGCGACCAGAGCAGCGCCCUCCGCAGGCUGGAGGUGGUGUUUGCUCCUCACCUGGCCCGAAGCGGGCGAGACGCUGCCGUGUGGAGGGAGGGGGUCCGAGGAGUGACGAGCUCUGACAGAUGAACCAGAGACAAUAAAGUUUAUUAAGACGAUGUCACUGGAUCAUUAAUACACUGUGAGAGCUGAUAGAGACAAUAAAGUUUAUUUAGACGAUGAUGUCACUGGAUCAUUAAUAUACUGUGAGAGCUGAUAGAGACAAUAAAGUUUAUUUAGACGAUGAUGUCACUGGAUCAUUAAUAUACUGUGAGAGCUGAUAGAGACAAUAAAGUUUAUUAAGACGAUGAUGUCACUGGAUCAUUGAUACACUGAGAGCUGAUAGAGACAAUAAAGUUUAUUUAGACGAUGAUGUCACUGGAUCAUUAAUAUACUGUGAGAGCUGAUAGAGACAAUAAAGUUUAUUAAGACGAUGAUGUCACUGGAUCAUUAAUAUACUGUGAGAGCUGAUAGAGACAAUAAAGUUUAUUAAGACGAUGAUGUCACUGGAUCAUUAAUAUACUGUGAGAGCUGAUAGAGACAAUAAAGUUUAUUAAGACGAUGAUGUCACUGGAUCAUUAAUACACUGUGAGAGCUGAUAGAGACAAUAAAGUUUAUUUAGACGAUGAUGUCACUGGAUCAUUAAUACACUGUGAGAGCUGAUAGAGACAAUAAAGUUUAUUAAGACGAUGUCACUGGAUCAUUGAUACUGUGAGAGCUGA